GCAGCAGCAACAGGUCUGAUCCCACAGGAAGUUCACACUUAAUGUAUACAUGGAUUUCACUGUUUCAUCCAUAUGGGUGGAAUAAAAGACCUAAAAUAGAUUUAAACAUGGUAUUUAUUUUUACAUUAAAGUGCUGACAGCCCUGAGAAUGAGGAUGCUGUAAUGUAUGAAUACAGUGUUCACUUCCUUUAUGUAAAAUAAUUAGUGAACAUUCAAUCAUAACUUUGGCUGUGUUACGAAUAAAUAUUAAAAUGAUCAUUUAACUAGUAAUAACGGUCCAAAAUGAUGUAAGAUUUCAUAGUUUUAAGUCAAAAUCCUUCACAUUUUCUUCACUGCAGAUUUUGCAUAAUACGUAGGAGCAUCCUGAGCGGCUCCUAAAACCUGAAUGAUUCCCGACUAUAGGCUCCAAAUAACACAGGAAAGCACUUUAACUAUUAACACUAAACACACCACCUUAACCCUAGAAUGGUUAAAGUUAACAGUGAUUACCACCGCAGUGUAGAAAAGUGCUGUUUUUUCUUAUUAGCAAAGCCUUUCAAUAUAUUAAUUUCUCUAUUCUGCAGAGAGAGGCGCCAAACUCCAAACAUCUGAAUGAAGAGCCCAAAGAAGGACACGGAAACGCUGCUAUAAAUAUUUGAACCGCAUCAAACGGCCGACACCUGAUAGUGAGGAGUGAUAACAGGUCAGUCCUGUUCUACUGAGGCUACGAUACACACAUCACGUUUUCCACCUGGAAUCCUUCUGAUGUACGAUGGUGUGUCUCAGGAGGAUCAGAUGACCUCUGACCUCAUGUGGUGAUGUGGUUUGAGAGGAGAAGAGUGAGAGAGAGACGAGAGCUCUCACUCUGUCUCUGUUUUCAGGUACCAAGAGGAAAAUAAGAAUUUGUUCUCAGUAGAUGAGGUACUGAAUCCUGUCACAUCAUCACACAGGAAACACUUUCCAACAGGUGAACCUGUCACCUUAAAUAAACCAUAUUAAUAAGAUUCGUCAACGUUAGCAAGAGUAAAUAAGGAGAUGUUAAUAAUAUCACAUGACAUAUGAGAUGUAUUAUAUUUUUGCAUCGAUUCGAGUGUUAUCAGCCUGUUCGCACUAAAAGGUAUAAAUGCCACGAUAAUGCACAAAGCGUUUAGCGUGCAAUAAGUACGCCUUUCUUGAUUUUCACGUGUCUGUUGUUGACCUGUGUUUUGUUUAUUAAGAUGCAUUAAAGUUUAAAGGCUUAUUCUGACGGCAACAAAUGUGAAAAUAAAAGUUUGUAGGAUCUCAAAGCUCCAACUUUUAAAAAGACAGUAAGAACCUCUGUUGUGUGUUAUAGUGACUCAUCCUUCCACACAUAGAGGAUCUUUGGGACGCACAGACACAGCUUCAGGUUUCCCGUCGCCAUGGAAACGGCAGCAUCACAACCUGACAUCACUUUAGAUAAUUCAUACCCUUAAAGGGGGAAAAGAAAAAUACAUCCCAGAAAAAACAGGCGAUGUCCGGAGGUGAAGAGCGGGCUCUGCUGGAGCUCAACCUGCGGAGGGAGACGUGGUGUCGGGUGGACGGGAACCCCCAGCAGGCCUGGGAGAGGGCCGAGAAGAGACACUACCGGGGUCACCUGCGGACCAGCCCGGUCCUCCUCACCGCUCUGACCGCCGGACCGCAGAGGAGGGCGGCCGAUCGCUGCAGGCCUCCCCCCUCCGAGCUCCCGGAGAGAAGACACUACGAAGAGAGCUAUAAAUCACACCUGGUGUAGCCGGCUGCAGCCUGACGACCACGAGCUGGUUCAACAAACACACACGAUGCAUUCAGGGACCUGAACACACAUGAUGCAUUCAGGGACCUGAACACACGAUGCAUUCAGGGACCUGA